UAAUAUAGUUAAUCUAAUGUAAUGGAGUAAAAUGUAAUCUUUAAUUUCAGGUAUUCAAACCGAAAUCUCGGAACAGAAACGGAAACCAGGGAACCCGGAGCAAGGUAAACUAGUUUUAUCUGGUAGUAAGGAGAAGGAGCAGUGGAGAGCAGCUAUGGAGCGGAGUAGAAGAGUUCUAACAUCCCAGGAGCAAGCAAUGGAGGAGUAUCUCCGGAGACAGAGUACAGAGGCGGAGAAACAUAUCAGGAACUCUCCCAUGAUGAUGCGAAGGAAUAUGAACGACAUGAACACGCAUCCAGGACGACAGGGAGGGAUUGCUUCCAUGCCAGGAACUCCGACUGGGAACAGGAGAAAUGUUUCUCGACAUCGUGGUUUAGUUCUCCAGGAUCCAGGAUCAGUUCAUAGUUACUCCAGGGGCGGUAGUUUAGAGCGCCAACAAAAACUGUCUCUGCAGGAACCUGUAUCCGUGAGAUAUGACGCUGUGAGUGAUUCUGAAUAUAUACACGGAAACUUCAAAUCCUCUCCGGGUAAAGAUAACUCCCGGAGUUUACCGAAGGGAACCUCAGCUCUGAAUUAUGGUUUACUCAUGGGACAAAUUCAACAGAAGAGACAACAAAGACAAAGAACUGACGGUAGCAUCAGUGACUCUAACUACGCAACCUACUCCGAGCUACAGGGUUUAAGAGGAGUAUCUCAGAGUCCGUAUCAGUGGCUCCAACCUGCCAACACAUAUUCAGGUUGGGGUAAUCACGAGGAGCUCGGGAGCUCGGAGUCAAUCAACUCCGUCUCAUCGUCGAUAAAGAAUGCCCGCUCUCAGAGUUUAACUAAGGCUAAUGUUUUGGUGCAUCAUAUGGAGACCCAGAGAAACCCUACCGGGAAGAUUUCCUCUUCAAGAAAUUAUUCUAGGUUGUCAAAACCAGAGGAAACGGAGUACUACGGAGUUCCAUUCUUGUUAAAAGGUUCUGGGAGUAGGUUUACUUCCCAACCAUCUUCUCCACUACACGGAGACAAAACCAUCCUUCAGGAUCUAGGAUCCCCCGCUCCAUCCUCUCUCAAGUACUCCAGUCUUCCCUCUUAUUCAAGUUCUGGAAAACAAAAACAUAAAAACAAUUUAGAUGGUACCCCAGAGAAUCUUAAUGGUUCCAACCUGUCAUUAGUAUCCAAUGAAUCCUCUGUAUAUUCUACACAGGAGGAGAGAACCAACGCUGAUAUUGCAAAACUUCAGCGUGAACUUGUUGAAGAGCAACAUAAGGUCAUGUCUUUAACUAAUCAACUGAACACAAACGCUCAUGUUGUCUCAGCGUUUGAACAAAGUUUAGCAAACAUGACAUCUCGUCUCCAGCAGAUAACUAAGACUGCAGAGAGGAAGGAUGCAGAACUAGGUGAGCUGAGACGAACCAUGGAUGUUCUUCGACAGUCUGGUAUAGAUGCAGGACUAAUUGCCGCUAAAUCUGCGGAGAGAGAACCUAAUGAGUUAAUGAGACAGAUGUCUACAGAUUCUGUUACAAGCAUGUCAUCAGCACACUCUAACACUUCUCUAAACUCAGGAGACGAGAGGGAGAGAGGGAAGAAGGGACCGGGAGGCCCAAAAAGAUCUGGUUGGCUUAGAAGCUCCUUUUCCAAAGCGUUUUCUAGGUCUAAGAUGAAGAGUAAAGGAGGAUCUGUGUCUGACUGUGAUGAUGGUUCUAUAACAAGAAUGACGGAAGCUCUAGACUUAGAACAAGAUUCACCAGAUUUAAAUUCUGACACAAGGAUUAAACUGACUCGAUCCUCCUCCGACCUGAGAGAUGAUGGAGAGGAAGAGCUGGACCCCGAGCUUGUUGUUGAGCUCAAGCGUCAACUAAUUGAGAAAGAAACAUUACUGACAGAGACCAGACUGGAAGCUCUCUCCAGCGCUCAUCAGUUAGAAUCCUUGAAGGAUACAGUGACGAAGAUGAAGACGGAGCUGAUGAACCUGAGGCAGGAUAAUGAGAAACUUCACACCCAGGUAGUUCACAAGUCUCUGGGAUCCUCGGAGAGUUCUCUCAAUACUUCUCAUGAUCCUGAUCUUGAUAGAAGACUUUCUCUUGCAAUGUCGGAGACAAGUGUUUUAUCAGGCCCUUCUACUCUAGACUUAUCUGGAACCACGGAUCCUAAUAAACAAGACAGUAAACUUGUUUCAAUCUUGGUCGAAAUCUCGGAGUCUCAACCUGUCGACUCUGUCAAGAUCGGAACCAUUGCUGCCAGUGGAAAACUAAGCUGGGAGCUAUUGGAUAGUUUAGUAGAACGAUUAUUUAAAGAGUUUGUAAUGCGUGUUGAUCCUGUAACAAACCUUGGAUUAGGAGCUGAAUCCAUUCUUUCCUACGAGGUUGGAGAAAUAUCACGAUCCGUGGGUGGGGGUAAUCCGGAAUUACUGCCGUAUGGAUAUCUGAUAGGGGAUGUGAACAGUAUAAAAAUAGUUCUGAAGCACAGCGGAGAGAGCGGUGGGGGAGUUGACUCUCUUGCUUUCCAGACACUUACUCCUAAAUCAAUCCUGCAGAGAUAUGUUUCCCUUCUCCAGGAACACAGACGAGUCAUUCUCUCCGGGCCCUCGGCCACAGGGAAAUCAUUCAUUGCGGAUAAACUUGCAAACUUUCUUGUUAAAACUUGCUCUAGGGGAAAAUCCCCCAGGGUUGAGAUCUUUAAACUUGAAAGGGGUAAUCUGGAUUCCUUCAGAGAAUUCCUUGUCAGGAUAAAUUUGGAAUCGGAGAAUAGAGCAGACAGUUUACCACACGUUGUCAUCUUAGAUAAUCUACAGUAUGCUCCAGAUCUGGAUGAAAUACUAAGCUCCAGUCUUAAAGCAAGUACGGAGUCAUGCCCGUUUAUUAUCGGUACCAUGGUUCAAACAGCUGGAUCAGCUAGCUCAACCAAUCUUCAGCUAAAACAUAGUUUCCGUUGGAUUCUCUGCGCAAACCACGUAGAACCUGUUCGAGGAUUUCUGGCCAGAUAUCUGAGGCAAAAACUGCUCUUAGAGGAAGCUGAAACCAGAGCACAUAACGGAGACAGUACUAGAAUUAUUGAAUGGGUUUCAAAAUCAUUUCUAAGCAUAAAUAAGUUCUUGGAGUCACAUUGUAGUCCUGAAUCCACCCUUAGCCCAGGUAUGUUUAUAUCCUGUCCCACGGAUCCACAGGAGUCUAAACUCUGGUUUAUUAAUCUAUGGAACCUUAUGAUUGUUCCUCAUAUGCUGGACUCUGUCAGGGAAGGUUUACAGAUGUACGGGAAGAGAGCUUCGUGGGAAGAUCCUCUUCAAGCCAUUCUAGAAUCCUGGCCAUGGGCCAAUCUUCAUCUAGACCAGGAUACCUUGGUUCAUAUUCAUCCUGGAGAUGUAGGGUUUGAUAUGAACCAACCUCUGAGACCAGUGUCGAGAACAUCUCUUGGAAAUCCUGUUCUAGAGGAUCCAUUGUUCAAUAUGUUGAUGACUUUACAGGAGGCAGCUAACACAGAGUCAGGAGAUUUAUAGGGAGAGGGGGACACCCGGAGUAAAUACUGAACCUGGGAAUACAAAGAUCUAGAUUAAACACUAGAUACUGCACUAAACUAUAAAAACAUGGGAACCAGGUCCAAGAAUAUAAUACAGUUAUCUUUUACAAUAAGAGAACUUGGAUCGAACACUUGUGUCAGAAUAUCGUUAUGUUCAAGAAAAUCCAACCCAAAAUUCAUUUCUUAGUUGAGGAAGAAUAAUAUCUGUCUGUUUUAGAUGAGCCCUGAUUUAUAUUCUUUAUCUUUCUCAUUUAAGCUCAAGUUUUGUUCUCCUAAUGAAGACUGAAUGAUCUAAGGACCCGGAAUUAAGAGGUUUCUCUUCAACUUUUCUGCUCAGUAAUCCUUUCUACUAAAGAACUUGGAAAGGAUAAGAGAGAAAACUUUAUUUCUUUGAGAAUAGUGUUUUUUAUAACUUAAACUUGACCUAUUUAGUAAAAUUUCUUGUCUGUAAAUCUGUAUUUUUGUGUAACAUGUACGUUUUUUUUAAAUCUAGGAAUAAUUUGUUAGGUGUAAGUUUGUAAAAUGAGAUAUGGGGUUUUUAAUCCAAACCUGAACCUUAUCAGGGCUGGAUCAGAAACUGUUUUAUCUUGGUAUUCUUUUUGGAACUAUAUACAUGGCUGUGAUGCAUUUUUUAUAAACUUUUGUCUAGUCGCUGUUAAAAUAUUUCUGGGUGAACAGUAAAUUUAAUAAAUUUCUCAAUUUA